AAGCGGCCCAGCCUCCCUCCGGGUUCCUCCAGGGCUCAGACCCCGCUCAGCCCGAGGCCGAGCGGAGUACCCCGCGGAGGAGGCGGGGGCGGAGCCCCGCGCGGGUGUGGAGGGGGAGAGGAGGAGAGACGCCUGUCCCCACCCUCCUCCUGCCUCCCUCGGUCCCCCACCCUCCCGGGACUCCACCUCUCACCACCUCCUCUCCCGGCCCCCGCGGCUCGCCAGAGCCGGCUUACCCACGCUCCCCGGAUCGUCUGCCUCACCGAUCCCCGACCCCUUCCCCGCAGUUCCUCGGCCCCAGCCCCGCAUGCCCCCGGCUCUGGCCCGCGGGUUCGCCGGCCUCCCCCACGCGCCCUCGCCAAACCCUUUUUCCCCGGCCUUGCUCUUACCUCGGCGCGCCGCCCGGCUCCCCGGCUCUCCCCGGGCCUCAAGGCCCCAAGCCCGGCCGCUCCUCCCCGCUCCCACUUCUCCCCUCCUCCACCUUCCCCUCCUCCUGGCCCUUCUCCCCUCGAAUCCGGCCUCCAGCCCGGUCGGGGUCUCUCCCCUCUUUUCGCCUCCCCUCCUCUCCCGUUUCCUUCAGACCCCACCCCCGUUUCUCCUUUCCCGGGGCGGCGGCGGGAGCCGGGAGGGAAGGAGGCGGCGCCGGGCACCGGGGAAAGCUCCCGGGCGGAGGGAAGAGGAGGGUGCAGGGGAAGACAGGGCGGGGGGAAGGGAGGGGGAGACGGGGGAGAGGGCGCCUCCCACAACUCGAGCCCCGGGAGCCGCCCCAGAUCCCGGCCCCGCCCUGGACCGCCCACAGCUCUGGAGGGGGGGGGGUGGCUGGAGGAAGGGGACGCCCAGGUACUCGCAGCACGGACGGGCACCCAGCACUGCCAGGGACCAAUCUGA